AUGUACCCUGAGGAGGAGCAAAGAGAGGGGGGUGUCUCGGCUACUGUCGACUACCUCGACGGAGGCUUCGACUACACCAACCACACCUCAAUCUACAACACCCCUUCCCCAACCGGACCUUCAGCUCUGGGGUAUUAUCCAGCCCCUCCAGAUCCCCCUACACCCCCAACAGAAGGAAGUCUCCAGGCACUGGGCAGUGGAUCCACCAGCCCGUUAGUGUACGUGCCCUCCAGUCCCCAGGUAUCACCUUUCCUCCAUCAUCCUAGUCACCAACCAGCUCAACAAGUGCCCUACUACCUGGAGGCCUCCACCAGCUCCGUUUACAGGUCAAGCAUGGUGGCAAAUCAGCCAGUAGUGGUGGGUGCAUGUGAAGAGGCCUGUAAUGCUAUGGAGAGGCAGGAGACGUACGCAGCAGCUGCACCAGGAGCAUUUGAGCUGGCGAAAGAAACGCGCUUUUGCGCUGUGUGCAGUGACUUCGCAUCAGGCUAUCAUUACGGGGUCUGGUCCUGCGAGGGGUGCAAGGCAUUCUUUAAGAGGAGCAUACAAGGUCACAAUGACUACAUUUGCCCAGCCACCAAUCAAUGUACCAUUGACAGAAAUCGCCGGAAAAGUUGUCAAGCGUGCCGGUUACGCAAGUGUUACGAAGUUGGCAUGAUGAAAGGAGGUCUCCGUAAGGACCGCGGGGGCCGCGCUAUCAGGUGUGAGAGACGGCGAAAUGCAGCUGAGGAGCGGGACCGGAAUUGCAAAGAGUCUUUCAAUCAUUCAGAUCAGAGAACAGUGCCACUGCUGGACAGGAAGAGGAACUGCAGUGGUGGUCUAAAUAUGCCACCGGAGCAGGUGUUGGUGCUUCUUUUGGGUGCGGAACCACCCGCUCUCUGCUCACGGCAGAGACACAGCAGACCUUACACUGAUGUCACCAUUAUGUCCCUCCUUACCAACAUGGCCGACAAAGAGCUUGUUCAUAUGAUAGCAUGGGCCAAGAAAGUCCCUGGCUUUCAAGACUUAUCUCUACAUGACCAGGUGCAGCUACUGGAAAGUUCCUGGUUGGAGGUUCUUAUGAUUGGGCUUAUCUGGAGGUCCAUCCACUGCCCUGGAAAACUCAUUUUUGCCCAGGAUCUUAUCUUAGACAGGAGUGAAGGAGCCUGUGUGGAAGGCAUGGCUGAGAUUUUUGACAUGCUCUUAGCUACAGUAGCACGCUUUCGUGCACUCAAACUUAAGUCGGAGGAGUUUGUGUGUCUCAAAGCCAUCAUCCUCCUCAACUCUGGUGCCUUUUCAUUCUGUUCCAGUCCUGUGGAGCCCCUGCAUGACAGCUUCACUGUCCAGUGCAUGCUGGACACUAUCACCGACGCCCUCAUCCACUACAUCAGCCAAUCAGGCAUCUCGGCUCAGCUGCAGUCUCGUCGGCAGGCACAGCUCCUCCUAUUGCUCUCUCACAUCCGACACCAACAAAGGAAUGGAACACUUGUACAGCAUGAAAUGUAA